CACCAUCCCUGCACAUCAUACCAUGCUGAACGCCCUCAUCACAGGAAGCUCUCGCGGGCUUGGCCUCGAAUUGGUCAAACAAUUAGCUGUGCAUCACGACUUGAAAGGUGGAAUAGUCCUGGCAACUGCCCGCACAUGUAGCCCGCAGCUGAAGGAAGUCAUCUCCACGAGUAAUGGCGCCGUUGCUUUCGUCGCACUCGACGUAGCGGACGCGGGAGCCAUCGCAAACUCGGCCGAGGAAGUGAGAUCGGCCCUUGGAGGACGCAGUCUGGAUGUCCUAAUCAACUGUGCAGGUGUCCACAGUGAAACCCAUGGCAAGGUGACUCUUAUCUUACAGUGGCUGAAAAGCGAUAUGGGCGGGCAGGACGCUGAUCUCACCGUGCCUCAGGGCGCAAAGGCAGUAUUAGAGAUGGCUUUUGCAGCCGACAGCCGGGAUAAUGGGACCUUUAAGAAUAUCGAUGUUCCUGGAUGGGACAAAUACAAUGGACAAAUUCUGGCACAACGUCCAAAUCCUGGCCGUACACUCACAGACUCUACGCCUCCCUCUCCUGAUGCUGUCUCAACGACAAGUGAAGAAGGGUCGAACUAUCAUGCAAUCCAGGCAAAGAACAUCAUACAGAUAGAUCUUCACAACCCUCGCUUUAUCAGCCGCGAGCAACAGUCCAUACUAAAAUCGGCUCUUCAACUUGUGAGCACCAUGGCCAGCCAUCAGCCGCCCACAGCCCUGGAAGAAGGGAGUCAUCUGCACGACCCCCCUGGUACUAUUCCCAAAGUACCACCGCGUGAGCUCUUAUUCAUGCUUCUUCCUGGCCCGCCGGAAUCUGUGCGUAUACAGUGGCCGGAUCACAUAUCCGACAAGGCCUAUGUAAGGAUGGCUACGCCCCUACUACAAGACCGGUGCCAGCUCGAAGCCAAGACGUUCCACCAGUACUGCAUUUGCAUCUACGUCAAAGCCAUUUUUCACAUAUAUCAGGUAUCACGAUCCAUGGACGACCUUGUUCUCCGAAAGGAAAUGUCGGAAUCCAGGUCCAACUAUGUGGCGGCAGCAAUGCGCAGCAUUGAGAACUUCAACAUACUCAAACCCCCAGAUCUCUUGACCAUCCAAUCAAUGAUGUCUAGUGCACUGCUCAUGCAGCACUUAGGGAAACCACACCAAUGUUGGCUCUUUGUCUCAUAUGCCGCCCGACAAAUCACUGCCCUCAACUAUCACAAGAUCCGUAGACUGCCAGCAACCUCCGAGCUGGAGCAAGAGAUUCACAGUGUCGUCUACUGGUGCUAUUAUCUUGACCAGACCUUGAGUUCUCUGCUCUGUCGGCCCUCUUCGCUACCCGACCUCGAGGUCUCUCCUACCGACCUGAUCACGUUAGCACCGUCGUCCCCGUACGAUAGUCUUUUACGGAUCAUACUUGAUCUUGCCCAAGUCCAGGGCAAGCUACGGACAAUCUCUUGUGGUAACAAAACCCACCCCGCCGAUCGAGCUCUAGAGACAUGCCAGCUCCUCGAGGCCAAAAUGCAGGCCAUCCUUCCACGUUUGCAGGCGAAUCGUGAUUGUCAUCCCAAAAUGGUCCAGUAUGACUGGGUCGGCGUGGACUUUUGCUACUACGCCAUAUUCGUCGAGAUCCACCGUACCCGGCUGAAAAAGGCAUUCAGCCCAAAGGUUCAUCAGGAAUGCCUCAUCUAUGCGCGCAAGUCGCUCCGAGCUUUCCACUUCCUUCAGCAACACCCCGCCGAGCUACCUGGGUUCGAUGAUCCCUAUCCUUCGUUUUUGACAUGGACCCUAUUCCUCUAUCCCCUGAGCGCCUUCUUUGUCGUCUUUUGCAACAUCAUCGGCACUAAGGAUCAGGACGAUUAUGAGCUCAUGGACCGGAUCAUCCAACGUCUGGAGCCGUUCAAGCAGGAUCGCCACCUAGGCAAGCUCCUGAACCUGCUGCAGUCGUUGGAGCGUCUCUGUGAGCCCCUUUUCCGGACAACUGGUGAUGGCGGUGAUUCUGGCUCUGAAGUUGUCGCGCCUGACGGCGAUGCAUUAGUGGCAUUUGCUGAGACCAGCGUCGACCAUGCCGACAACACGGCUUCCCUUGGCGCUUUCCACCCCGUUUUCUCCGGAGCUACUCUGGGGCCUAUGCCUGCCACCACCACGACCACCACCACCAACGUGGACCCCUCUGCUGACUGGCUGAUGUGGCAGUUGUUCAAUACCCAGGUUCCACCGGGAUGGCUGGACGCAGGUGUCGAGCCUUUCGAUGGUGGCCCCAUGUAAAGGAUUGGCCAGACGAGGACAAAAUAUCCAUCUUCAGGCCUUGUUCAUGUCAUGAGGCGGUAAUCUAUGUCUUCCUGGCAUGCGUCGUUGGCACAGAACGGAAGUGGAACAAACAGUCCGCAGCUGAGAAGGUCCUUGAGGGGAUGAAGGGAAG